AUGACUGAAAUUGUAAAAUCACAACUCAACGAUGAAGAGGCUCUGAAGUUUAAACCACUAGAGUUGCAACAAGGUGAGAGUGUCGAUGAACAAUCGUCAGGGAUGGAAGAAGGAUUAUGUGAUUUCAACAAACAUUAUUCUUCACCUGUAAUUAGGGAUCUAUAUUUCACAGUACUGGGUGACGAUGACGAGGAGUCAUCAUUCCAAUCUUCUUCGACGGAUCCUGAUGAUAUCAUCAUCCUUACAAAGCAGUUAAAAGUUUCUUCCUUCGUCUUCAACAAUGAAAAUCUUGUUGAGGAAAAUGAUGAUGUUGGGUUGAGUGCUCCGAUUGCAACUCAAGCCCUCGUUCCAAUCUUAACCCCAUCUAACUUCGAUUCAGAGCUCGCAGUCGAUGACAUUGAUAUUAUGAAAUACGAGUUCGAAGCUAACUUUAUUUUUGAUUUAUCCUCAUAUGUCAAAGAUCGAUUGAAGGGCACUAUUUCUAGGGUUUUCAUGAAUCUCCACCCAACAAAGUGGCUAGCGGUUGGUUCCAACCUUGGAUAUUUUUCAUAA